AGGUAUCAUGAAGGGGAGCGAGCACCAACCCCUCACUGCUACAGCUUGUUUAGGAAGCUGCCGCGACUACAGCUACGUUUAACUGCGAAGCAGGCUGCAGUCAUGGGCCCAGACACUGUAUCUGUCCCUAAAACAGAAUCUUCGGAGGAAAGUCCCGGAGAAGUCGUCGUGAAGGUGAUCUCAGAAUCAGAUUCCACAGAUGCUUCAGCUGCCACUGAGCCAGAGGAAUCCAAACAGCUAGAGAGCAACGUAUCAGACAAGUGUUACCCUUGCUCCAUCUGUGGAAAGGUAUUUGACAGACCAUCAAAGCUAGAGAGGCAUAAACCUGUGCACACAAGGAAGCCUAAGACUCUUCAUCAGUGUCAGCAUUGUGAUAAGAGUUUCACACAACAAGAGAAGCUGAUAAGACACCAGAACUGCCACAACAGGACUAACAAGCACCCUUGUCCAGAUUGUGGAAAAGUGUUCAACAGGCCUUCAAAGUUAGAGAGACAUAAGCGCACACACUCAAAGAAACCGAAGGUGCCUCAUCAGUGUUCAUACUGCAUGAAGACGUUCAGUAAACUCAACAAACUCGUCCGUCACAAGCGAAUGCACACUGGGGAGAAGCCGUUCACCUGCUCGGUCUGUGGGAAAGGAUUCUCUGAGUCAGGUCACUGCAAAGCACAUGAAAAGACACACGAGGAACAGCCAGAAAAACCUCACUGCUGCCCAGACUGCGGGAUGUGUUUCUUCAAGGCUUCAGAGCUCCGUCGGCACUUCCGCUCCCACACAGGGGAGAAACCUUUUAGAUGCACCUUGUGUGAGAGCUGCUUCUCCCGUUCAGAGGGGCUUAAAAGACACAUGAGGAGCCACACAGGGGAGAGACCAUAUAAAUGCAUUAUCUGCGGAAAAGGAUUUUAUUCUCGUCAGGAUUUGAAUAUUCACGGGUUGACCCACUCAGGAGAGAAACCACAUCUUUGCCCUGUGUGCGGCAAAGGCUUCUCGCAGCUGGGCAACAUGAAAGAACAUGAACAAAAUGUUCACAUUAAAUCAGAGAAGUAUAUUUGCAAUGAAUGCGGCGCAACCUUCACACGGUACAAGUCGCUGACAAAACAUCAGCGGACACAUACAGGAGAAAGACCCUAUCUGUGCCUCACCUGUGGUCGCAGGUUUUCAUGGAGCCAUUCUCUGAGCAGACACCGGAGGACACACACGCACAGACAGAUGGCAACGGACACAUCCAAAGACACCUUAAGUUUUGAAGGACCCUCUGAGAAUACCAGCAGUUGAAAAGAGAAGUGAAAUCCUCACAGAAAGGACAUUUCACCUCUGAGCAAUUUUCUUUAAGUGCAGUCAAGCUAAAAUUCACCAGUUUGUGGUGGAUUGAGAGCUAAUUUUGAAGUUUUCUAACAGUUGACCUUGCUGCUUACUUUAUUAGUUAUCAGUCAGAAAUUCUUAGCACAGGGCUCCAGAUAAAUUUCUCCCAGUAUUUUUAUUGAUCCAAGCCAGAGGGUGAAUUUCUGGCAUUUGUGUUUUUUGAACUAUAUUGGCAGUUAAAAUUAAUGUGUGCCUCGAACAUGCUGUGAAUAUCCCAUAGAUAGGUUCCUUGAAUUGGGUGAAAACAGGUCAUGUGGCUAUUUAAGUACACUGUUGUAUGUGUGGCAGUUCUGUUCAUGUCUCCCUUUUAUGACAGAUAUGAACUUGCCUUCAAAUAGUGUGGAAGAAUAUCUCAUGCGCUAUCACGGGAUGAAUUACUGUUCGUUACGAACCUAAAUAUCUGUCACAACCAAAGUAGAGUUGCUCUGCCAAAAGGCCUGAAACUCAUAGAUGAAAUGUUGACCAAGUGUCUGCGAUGGUAUGAUUAAUUGAUAUGUAAGACUAUAGUCUCAACUAAAUCUGAGUAAAAUGUCUGCUUUCCAUAGCAAUUAGCAUAAUCCUCACUACCUCACUCUGACACUACACACACAGGAGGCACGCAAACAAGAUUUGUUCAUGUUGCAGUUCAUGUCAACAGUGGUUUUCUUACUGCAGUUCUUAAAACAAAAUUUAAAAACUCUUUCAAAAACUUGUCAGCCAGUUGCCCAGAAUACACAUUCAAAUGCCAAAAAGAGACAAUUUUUGUACAUGUGCAUCAAAUUAUUAUUGUCGUUAUUAUUAUUAAACUUGCACAGAAUGUUGAAUCAGAACAGAAAAGUGCUGUUACACUGUUCUCUAUGCAGGUGUGUUACCUCACAAUACUAAUGGGAAACACCUGCUGUGAGAUCACUGAUUGCAGUGUAGAACUUCAGAGCCCAAAAUGUGAACAGUAGUUUGAAACAUAGAGUGCAGCAGCAGUUUUCCGCUGUUAUGAGUUGUGUACAAUUAAAAUGAAGAUAAAGCUUUGACCUUUUCAAUUUUUUUAUUUCAUUUUGAUGUGUAUAGCUUAUAUAGUAAUGUAGUUCAUGUAAUCCACUGAUUUUCUUUGUGAUACUGUCUACAUACUUAGUACCUGGCUGUCAAUAAACAGAAACACUACA